AACUUAAAUUAAUCGCGAGGAUGGUAAACACCAUUUUCGAUCUAACGUAAUCGCGGAAAUGUCUUAUCGGAACUAUUUAUGUAAUUGAUGAUUUUUGUUAGAUUUUUUACAGUGAUUUUUUACCCUGAGAUAAUCCAGGAGACAACAAGUAUGUCAAGUUCAUUGUCAGUAUAGCUGUGAAUUGAUGAGAUGCAUAUCGCAAAUAGUUGAGUCAUGACGUCAUCGACACGACUGGAUAAGAACCAAGUAACAAGUGAUCGUCUGAAAAAUUUAUUUUACUUUUAGAUAAGGACAUUCCUCCUUCUACGUUACCGGGUACUUUAAGGGCAGUAAUCACCGGGUAAGUCCAGUUGAGAACGAGAGUUUUGACCAAGUAUAUAGUUUUUUUAUUUCAAAAUGGUGUGCUACAAUAUUUGGAUUUUUUUGAGCUUUGCAUUCGUCAGUUUUACUCUGACUGAAGCAUUUCGAACAAAUCCUUGCCGAGAGAACGAAUUUAUUAAAUUACACGAAGAAUGUGAGCCACAUUGUAACAAUCCAAAGCCUGAAUUUUGUCCAUAUAUGCGAACGACGUGGUGUAAAUGCAAUCCUGGUUUUGUAAGAAACUCAGAAGACCUGUGUGUCAAGCCCGAAGAGUGCAGUACUGACGAUCUUCCUGAAGAUCCAGAAAAUCAAGCCAUUCCUGAUGAUGCUGAUGGUGAGAUUUUCAAAGUAUAUUCGAAGCUUGAUAGAUAUUGUGGAGAAAAUCAAUUUUAUACGCACAAUAUCAUCUUGUGUGAACCUUCUUGCGAGUAUCCAAUACCUCAUAGAAACUGUCAAGUUACUUUAGCCGAAGGAUGUCGAUGUAAACCAGGAUAUCUAAGAAAUUCAAACCGAGUGUGUGUAAAGCCAAUUUCUUGUGAAAAUAACAUGUUAAUUCAAUUGAUUUGAUUAC